AUGGAUACUGUCGAAGCUCAUGAUUCGCUACCAAAACCUAAAAGAGCAAGGCUUGAGGAUGAUAAUGAUUUGAUCAACCACACUUUGGUUGAAAAUGACGUCGGAAUUUCGGAAUAUAUGUAUCCCAAAAAUGCUGGAUGGGAAGAUUUUCUUGUUCGAGAAGUGAAUCUAUCCGGGGAGGUUUGUAGAUUAUCAUCAAUUGUGCCAAAUGAACCUGCUAAUGACACUUCACAGUCAACACCAACUUCUGGUUCUAGUUAUAUUAUCCCCAUAGAAAUUGACGAGGUUCUAAAAGAAAUCGAUCGCGAAACAAUGCUUGAGGCUUCUUUUCCAGCCUCUGCGGAUAAAGAGGAAAGAGAGGCAUUUCAUAAAGCAAUUCGGUUGAAUUAUCCCUCACUUGUUAGUCAGACAGCCGAAGUUGAUGGAAAUCGUUUUAUUAAUGUUACCCGUGGUAGCCUAGUCAAAGGCAAGAAAGCUUGGGAACGAGUCGCAAAAUCCAACGAUCCACCUAGGAAAACACCCUAUUGUCACUUUGUGCUUUAUAAGGAGGGUAAAGAUACAAUGCAAGCUCUCCAUAUUGUUGGCCGUAUGCUCAAGAUUAACUCGAAAGCAUUCAACUAUGCCGGUACUAAGGAUAAAAGAGCCAUAACUACUCAAAAUGUAUCAAUUAAAAAUAUUUCUGCGCGUCGCUUAUCUACGCUGAACCCUCGGUUAAACGGGAUCAAGCUUGGCAACUUCUCGUAUGUCGCUACUCCAAUCAAAUUGGGUGAGCUCUAUGGCAACCGCUUCUCGAUUGUCAUCCGAGAUAUCUGUUCUGAGGAUAGUGUUAUUCACAUGGCCAUCCAAGAUUGGCAGAAACAUGGAUUCAUCAACUACUUUGGCUUGCAGAGAUUCGGUCAUUGUUCCGAUGCUAGAACAUUUGAUAUUGGAAGGGAAAUUAUUCGGGGAAAUUGGGAAAAUGCUAUCAAUCUCAUCUUGACUCCAACGAACUCCGAGCUGCCAGUUGUUCGCCAAGUAAAGGAGCGCUAUCAAAAGACCCAAGAUGCCAAGGCUUGUGGAGACGAUAUGCCGCAGUGUUUAGAGAAAACAUUGCUACUUGGUAUUUUGCCUCGUAAUCUGCGUCAACUCUACGCUCACAGCUAUCAGAGUCUAGUCUGGAACAAGGUCGCAAGUCGCCGAAUUCGUGAAUUAGGUGUUGGUGAGGAUUUGAAGGCCUUGGUGGGGGAUCUCUACUUCCCAGAUGUCCCAAGCAUUUCUAAGGGUUUGCGCUCAGUAGAUUCCUCCUCCGAGCUGUGCAUUGACGAUUCCCUCAACCCAACAACUAUCGCCGUACCUGAUCCAGAGCCCACAAAUGAGCCAGUCGGUGAUGGAGUAGCGGAGGCGAUCGAGGAAGAAGAAGAAGAGGAAUCGGAGGUUCAGCACAAUCCUUCAUCUUUACUUACCCCUGCAACACCUUCCCGGGUUACUGAGGAAGGUGAAAGACCCUUGUUGCGUCAGGUGGUUCUUCCCCUCCCUGGUUAUGAGGUCAUCUUACCCGAUAAUGAGAGUGGGAAAUGGUAUUCGGAGAUUUUAGCCGAAGACUCGCUCAAAAUCGAGAACUUUAAGCACAAAGUCAAAGACUUUGCACUGCCUGGUUCUUAUCGCCACUUGAUUGUCAAACCAGAGGAUGUCCACUACGAGAUUCGUGAAUAUACAGAUCCACUUGAGCCUCUGAUAUGCAGUGACUAUGCCCUGAUGAGUGAAAAAUCUCCUGUUAAGGGUGGAACUAAUUCCUCUGAAGAAGGUUUUGCCGAGGAAAAACCCAAAGAAAAGGGUCGAGCUCUGAUUCUUGAAUUUACGUUGCCAAAGGCAGCAUACGCUACAAUGGCCAUCAGAGAAUUAAUGAAGAAUGUCACCGUGGUUCAUUGA